AUGGAGGAUUCAUUUCCCCCGGUUUACAUCCAUAGCGCCGAUUAUGUGGAGCUGUGCGAUACCGUGCUGAGCAAAGUGCCCAGGAGGGUGAGGGAGACGGGGAGAGAAUACAUAGAUACAUGGAAUGAAACCGCAGUGUUCUAAAGGAAUGCACGUUACACAGGGGAUAGAUGAUAACAAGUGGGCUGACAGUACAUUGAAUAGGAGGUCUUAGAUGGUUGAUAGCUAAGAAUAAAUCUAUAAUUUCUAUAUUUUAUUAGUAGAAUCUGCCCAAUUUUAGUGUAUUUUUUUUCUGAUUGCAGUCACUCGGUAUUUACAAAACACAAUAUUUGGACUGUAUCUGUGAUAAAUGAUCUCCCAUCUGGUAUAUUGAAUUCUGAUGGUUGAACAUCAUUGGGAAUGAACUGCUGCAAUGACAAUGGUCACUAUGCUCAGCUUGCUGAGAACUGUAGUCAAAACUGUUGCUGUGAGAAAGGGGCAUAGCAGGGAUAGGUAACAGAGUCAAUAGUGAUUAAUAGGAUGCGUGGGAAGAUGGUAUACAACAAAUGGUAUAAAGGUGAAUAUGCUGUGGCCGGAGAUGUGUGUAUCAUUUCUGAAACUUUUGAUUGGUAAAGUAGGGCUUGAACCUUUAAUCUAUAUGCCCGUGUAAAAUUAACACUUUAAAGUCCACUGAAGCACACUUUUGUUUCUGUUUAUGCAGCUAUAGCCACACCUCCCCUGGCUGUGACUCACAGCCUCGUGGGGGAACAAAAAAUGUAUCUUUCAACCAGAUCUUACAGCACAGUGUGUUUACUUUAACAUUUUCUAUCUCCUGCUCUGUUUAAUGCCCUAUAAUCAUCUGUUGCAGGCUGUUAUUGGGACAGUCUGGGCACAUAAAAUUUAAUUGUUACGGUGCCUGGAACUCCCUGAUGCCAACUCACCUAUAGGAUUUAAAGCAUUUACUAACGGUUUAGCACAAAACUGCCUUUCCGAUGGUCCAAGGCUUUUAUUAGGAAGCCUCCAACUGAGCUCUACUGAUACUCUAAUUUUAUCACUAGAUUCUUGUUUAUAAAACUUAGUGAAAAGCCUAUCUUCACAAGUUUGGGGUUAAACAGAUUGUAAGUGGUUUAACCCCCGAAAGGGACACUUCUUUAAAGUAAGAUGGUGUCUGUGACCUACUAGCACCAUAACAACUUCAUUGAGAUUAGCUUAAGUGCUUUUGGUGUAUAGAUCAUGGCCCUGUUGUAUAACUGCUGAAUGUCAUUUAGGAGUUAAAUCACAUUAUGUAGUCCUAGCCACAUCUCCCCUGCCUGAGUUUCUGUCUUGGUACCUGUGAUGAUUUUGGUGUGUCACUCGGGGUCAUUUGUGACACAGACUGCCACAUGUUAUCAUUCCAGCAACAUUCUAGUGUUAUAUGUGACACUGAUUCCUCUGAACUCCAUCAUUUCUGACAAAUGUUCACUUGUGUCAUUCCUGCGAAAUCGGCUUUGCACAGAUUAGCAUUUCAGGAAUGGCACAGACAAAUCAUUUGUUACUUAGGGCUAUUUAAACCCUUCUCUCUGUACAUGCCCUGCCUUGUCGUGGUUUCCCACGUGGUGAUUCAAGAGUGCAUUUCUACAGUGUUUAAAUUCUUGCUAUUUUGAAUUUGGCUUGUUCCUGACUAUUCUUCGUUCCGUAGUCCUUAACCCUAGCUUGUCCCUCCAUUGCUGUUACCUUCUGUUGUGAUUGUUGAUGGUAACAAUAUGAAAUGUGGAAGUUUUGCUGAUGUCUUCAGCAAUUUCAAAGAGAAGCAUUGCUUUAGAGCUACACAUGCACAGCCGAACGCUGCACUUCUCCAGUCAAAUGCAGCUAUGAACAACAUUUGAACGCAGGACAUAUUUGACUCGGUUCUGGAGGAGGAAGUGCCUUUAAUGGCUGUUGGGAAGGCAGCCACUAGAGGUGUACUUAACCCUGGAAUGGAAACAUUGCUUUUUCAACAACAAAAAAAACAAAAAGGCAGUGUUAAAACAACAGGCCAUUGAGAUGAACUGGUCUGGGUGACUUUAGCGGUUCUUUAAUGCAAAAAAAAUAAAAAAAUUUAAAUUAGUUUAAAAAAAAAAAAGCAUUUGGCUUGCUGCCCUCUCCACCUCCCUCUACGUCAUUCUGGAGUUGUUGCUUCAUAGCUUGUCACCCAGUCCAAUGCUACUAAAAGAGGCAUUGAUAUGGGCUUGGCAUGCAUAUGCAUCACAAGUCAAAUGCUUCUCAUUGAAUUCAGUGCUUUCCCAUGAACAGCAUUUCGAAAAGUUAAAGGACCACUAUAGUGCCCUGAGGGUGCCCCCACCCUCAGGGACCACCUCCCGCCGUGCUCUGGGGAGAGGAAGGGGUUAAACACUCACCUUUCUCCAGCGCCGGGCGGGGAGCUCUCCUCUUCGGCUGAAUGCGCAUGCGCGGGAGGAGCUGCGCGCGCAUUCAGCCAGUCUCAUAGGAAAGCAUUUAUGGACGCUUGCGUCUUCUCACUGUGAUGUUCACAGUGAGAAGCACGCAAACGCCUCUAGCGGCUGUCAAUGAGACAGCCACUAGAGGCUGGAUUAACCCAUUUAUAAACAUAGCAGUUUCUCUGAAACUAUGUAUAUAAAAAAAAUGGGUUAACCCUAGAAGGACAUGGCACCCAGACCACUACAUUAAGCUGAAGUGGUCUGGGUGCCUAGAGUGGUCCUUUAAACAUCCUCAUGGACUUUGACUUCGUGUGAGUGAGCUUUACUUGGCUUUUGGAGCAGAAACCCCUCUUUGAGGUGUGUAUAACCCUCCACAGUAUACAUUGCCAUUUCUACAAAAGUGGUGAGAUAAGUGGCCUGGGUGCCUUUAGUCUUGCAAAUGUGUGGAGGGGCCAUUAACAUGAGUCAUAUAUUGUAAAGUAAUGAAAGAGUAUUUUUUAUGAUUAUGUAGCAGAGACAAUGUGUUUGUAGAAAAGAAAUAAAGAAUACUUCAGCGUUUAAACACGACAGUUGCUUUGUGUCAAUACAACAUAUUUAGACCGUUUUUAUUUUAAGAACAGGCUGUUUCUGUCAUGUUUAUUUAGAAUUUUAGUGGGAUAAAAAUAUCAAAUGUGUUUUUGGUAAUGAUUUUCUCACUGCAUUCCAGGCCAGCAUGGUACACUCAUUAAUAGAAGCAUAUGGACUGCUGAAAUAUAUGAGGUGAGAACUGCAUAAGAAUGACAGGGUACAUUAUGUAUAUUUCUAAUGUAGCUUAAAUCUGCUGCCUGAACUGAAUUUGUGUAUAUUUAAUGCUUUUUAGGGCACAGUAUGUUAGCUAAGGGAUUUACAGGAACACUGAUGUUUUAGAAAUACAAACCUGUAUUCCUAACACUUCAGUGUCCAUGUCCCUAGGUAUGUUCAGGUUCCUUAGCUAUUUGAAUAAAAAAAAUAAAAAUGAACCUUUUACUUACCUUUUCUUCUGCUUACCCCUCCACCUCACUCAAUAUCAUCAUAGAGGAUGCAUGAUCCAAUCCAAUGACUCUUAUAUAUUGGUAUUGGGUACCUGAUGCGCAUGCCCGGCAAGUUUACCCAUAGGAAAGAAUUUAAAGUUUUACUUGGUCAGUGCUUCAGAAACCAAUCUAUUCGUUGUCAGUAUGACAGCCACUAGAGUUGGAUUGACCUCUCCUUGUAUUUUUCUUUUGCAUUUCCAUAAUGUAAUCACUAUCUCCAUAACACCUUGGGUGUCAUAUUAACCCUGUGAUUAUUUUUUUUUUUCUUAACUUGACCCAGUUAUGGUAAUUUAUUAAACCAGAAACUGUCGGGUAGUGACCAGUUAAUUAAGGGGAGAAAAAAACCUUGACUCAUUUGCCAAUGUAGUACGGUAAAUAAAGUUGUCAAUAAUUUUCUUUAUUACUCUAAAUCCCUUAAAAAGAAUUGCUUACAAUACAAAGGGGUGUGUAUAAUACAUUCUAAUGAAAAAAUUAUUGCUCAGUAUACUUUCAACUAAGAAAAUUAGUUUCUGCUUAAAGGAGCACACCAAGCACCAUAAUUAAAAACCACAUUGUGGUGUAGUGGUUAUGGUGCCAGGAAUGUCAUAACACUUGUCCAAGCCAGUCUUCUUCUUGCAUCGAGAGCCAGAAGGUAGCUUCCAUUAGCUCUCUUAAGCUAAGCGCUGCAGUGCACCACUGGGCUUAGCUCAGGCAAAGAGCUUCUGGGUGCAGAGAGGGAUGGGCGCUCGUCGGACACCAGGGCACUCCUGGCUCUGUAACGCCUACAUCAUGCUGUAGUGUUCAUUGUGCUUGGAGUGUUCCUUUAAAUUGAACUCUCAAAAGUAAUUGAAAUAUACAUCAGCAUAAUCUAGAUAGUCCUUAUACAUUUUGCUAUGUUGGUAACUAGUGGCUUCUGUGGAAAAUAAUAUUUUGUAAUAUUUAUGUAUUCCCUUUCUCAAUUUGACUUUGUUAGAAGAUCAACUCUCAUUUUGGAACAUGAAUUCACAAAGUCUCUCUCACUAGUGUAUUUGUGAAAUCUCUUCUCUCUUUUUUUCUUUCUACAGGGUAGUAAAGCCUAAAGUUGCCACAAUGGAAGAGAUGGCUACAUUUCACACUGACUCAUACUUGCAACAUCUUCGCAAGGUGAGCGAAGAGGGCGACAACGAUGAGCCAGAGACCCUUGAAUAUGGAUUGGGUAAGCUAAAUAUAUAUUUUUGGGUGACGUUGUUUGUUUCAUUUUAGUAAUUAAUCAUACUAAAAAUACCACUUAGACAGCUAAAGUCUAAAAUGGCUUAAUUUUAGACAAUUAUCUUUUAUGCAGACCAUAGCAUGUGUGUAUUUAAGGAACACUGGAAUCAAUCCAUUUUAAUGCAAUAAACAUUAUGUUAAUAAAAAACAAAGUGUGUGUGUGUGUGUGUGUGUGUGUAUGUGUAUAUAUAUAUAUAUAUAUAUAUAUAUAUAUAUAUAUAUAUAUAUAUAUAUACACACACACACACCCACACCACACCACCCCCACGGGAUAAUGCAGCCCUGGAAAUAAUAUUAUGCCAGCCCCAUAAGUCAUUGUGCUAUGUAGGGUGUUUUUAGAAAUAUAUAUACAAUUGAAAUAGUUGGCUGCACUCUCGGAUUUCCUUAAAACGUAACUUUUAUUGAAAUAUUUAAGAGAAGACCAACGUUUCAGUCCCUCUUGUGGACUUUCAUCAAAUUUUUUUAGUGAGCUGUGCCGGCUGCCAGGGUCCCCCUGCUCCCAUGGGACCCUGUGCGGCGCACAGCUCACACAUGGCCGGCCGGGAUCACAGGAGCCUGAUCAGUUCUGAAUGGGGCUGUCAGCUCAGCCCCAGGUGCCGCGGCCCACCGGGAAAUUUCCCGGUAUCCCGGUGGGCCAGUCCGGCCCUGUAUAUAUGUUUUAUUUAUAUUUAUUUAUAUAUAUAUAUAUAUAUAUAUAUAUAUAUAUAUAUAUAUAUAUAUAUAUAUAUAUAUAUAUAUAUAUAUAUAUAUAUAUAUGAAACAGGGGGAGGCUGCACUCACCUAAACAUGCAUAAAUGGGGUGCUGCUGGGGGACACAUUAUACAAUACACAAGAUCCAGCGCACUAACCUAUUCACUAAACAGCAACUUCAAUGUUGACAGAUUUUUAUUUUUAUUUUUAAACACCUAAUCUAGGCAAAAAUAAUGGGGGUUUAGUUACAUUAUAUGAUCAUUCAUUGCAUAAGCCUGCCACAACGUCAAUGUACCCCAUCUUUGGCAGGUCCUACUCUAACAGCCUAAUGUCUGCUCUUAUGAGAUUAACCCACUUACUUGGGGGGGAAAAAAAUCCAUCUGGGGCUCUCUGCAGUACAAGGCUAAAUAGGGCCCUGGGAUGGGCUCAUGUGCUAGAAGACUUGCACCAUGUUUCUCCUAUGCAGUAUAAUAUACACAAAUAUUUGUUUAGUCUAUGUGUAUAUAUAUAUAUAUAUAUAUAUAUAUAUAUAUAUAUAUAUAUAUAUAUAUAUAUAUAUAUAUAUAAACGUCACAUGCAAAAAGGCAGGACUAUAACUGUAGCAUUUUGUGCCAAUCACUGCAUUUAUAAGCAACUAUGUGCUGGGAGACUGACAAAGGACCAUAAACUGUGCACUGGUGCUUUGUAUGCAGUGUACGUUUAAUACAGGUCCCUGGAAUCAAGGAGCCGGGGUCAGAAAUUAGGGGAGACACACAUUUUAUUUAGAAACAACAUCCACUCAAUUAAUUAGUUAACUGUUACAUACAACAUUGUUAGAAACUCCCCCACAUGCCUAAUUAAUAAUACUCAAUCUCACCUAGUAAGCUACUGUCACACCUUGGCAUUCACACACACGUUACAUUAAUAGUAAUUCACAUAUGUUUUAUUGACCACACCACUAUUCCCUAUGCUAUGUGCUGAUGGCAACAUGGAAGGAGAACUGCAGCUAUUGGUUUCUAUUUGAGAAGCUGGUUGUCUACGCAUUCUUUGAUAGCAGAGGCAACUUCAAGGAAAGUGGAACUCUAAUUGUGUAUUUAUCUGAUUUAAGUUUCAUUUGUGUUCUAAUUUAUAAAAAAUUUAAUGAUGCACAAAAGUUACCUUACAGGAUGCAUUCUACAAUGGAGAGAGGGCCACAUUCUAGUUUUUAAUUCACUAAUACAUGUGAUUUAUUGGUAUAUACUGUGUGUGUGUGUGUGUGUGUGUGUAUAUAUAUAUAUAUAUAUAUAUAUAUAUAUAUAUAUAUAUAUAUAUAUAUAUAUAUAUAUAUAUAUGUAUAUAUAUAUAUAUAUAUAUAUAUAUAUAUGUAUAUAUAGCUCGCAGAAUCUUAAUUUUGCAGAAUCUUAAUUUUGACAGCUUUUUAAAUUGUACUUUUGUAGGAUCUACUCAUGUAUUUACAAAGAUGCCAUUAAACCAGAGAAGGAUUAAGAACCAAAGAGCCCCUGGGCAGGUUACCAGUUCGCUCACCCACAUUCUUUACAUAGUGAUGAUUAAUGCGACCAGACAAAUUCAUAGUUCUGGGGCCCCUGGGCCCAAGAGCCCAUUUAAGGUUAAUCCUUAAAGGACCACUACAGUGCCAAGAAAACAUACUCAGGGACCCCCUCCCGCCCGGCUCUGGGGAGAGGAAAGGGGUUAAAACUUACCUUUUCCAUGCUGGGCGGAGAGCUCUUCUCCUCCCCGUCGGCUGAAUGCGCACACACGGCAAGAGCUGCGCGCGCAUUCAGCCGGUCACAUAGGAAAGCAUUAUCAAUGCUUUCCUAUGGACGCUUGCGUGCUCUCACUGUGAUUUUCACAGCGAGAAUCACGCAAGCGCCUCUAGUGGCGGUCAAUAAGACAGCCGCUAGAGGGAAUAGGGGAAGGCUUAACCCAUUCAUAAACAUAGCAGUUUCUCUGAAACUGCUAUGUUUAUGAAAAAAUGGGUUAACCCUGGCUGUACCAGGCACCCAGACCACCUCAUUAAGCUGAAGUGGUCUAGGUGCCUAGAGUGGUCCUUUAAUUCUAAAAUGCAUAUAGGGAUCAAAUUAUGGCUUACUUUGUGUACUGUCUGGGUAUUUUGAAAUGGGUACAUUGAGAUCUAAUCUACUAUUUGUCUAUGCUGCCAUGACUUCUGACUUAUAUAGUUUUGUAAUGUCUCCAGGUUACGAUUGUCCAAUCACUGAAGGCAUAUAUGACUAUGCUGCUGCUGUUGGAGGAGCCACAAUAACCGCUGCUGAACAGCUUAACGAAGGAAAAACCCGCAUUGCAUUCAACUGGCCUGGGGGCUGGCAUCAUGCUAAGAAGUAGGCAUUAUUUGAGACUUUUUAAUAAGUUUGCCCCUUAAAGAUCCACUUUAAGCACUAUAACGACUUCAUUUUACUAAAGUGGAUACUGUGCAAAGAUUACCAAACUGGAGCAGACUCCACUAUUUCACUACUCCAUAUUUGAGGUGAGGGGUUAAAACCCCUUUUGUGUCCCUAGGCCACGCAAAAUUCAAAGAGAGUGCCCCAUCAGCCAAACCUUCUCCUUGCCCACCCAAAGUACAUCAGCUGAAUAAAGUUGUUUAAAAUUUGAAUAUCCUAAUCAAGCAGAGAUUCACAGCAUCUGCAUAAGGGAACACUCCACUGCCCAUAGUAGGAAAAUAGCAAUUACUGUUCAGUAGAUACAUCCCUAAUAAAUACAUACAUACAUUUCCAUGCAUGUAUUAAUUGGGGGUAUAUCUUAAAACAGUUUGCAAAAGCUGCAGUUCUUAGGCCUGAAGAUGUGCCCUCCAAUCACCAGACCCCACAUGUAGCAGGGUGUUAGUUUAAAAUAUAAUAAUUGGCUUAUCGAGCCCCUGUCAUAGCUGAAGCUAUUAAUGAAUAUAGAUCUUACCUGCAAAAUUCUAAAAACCUGGAGGGAGCCUCUUAGCGUUGCUCCAUCAGUGGCUGUCGGGCGAAGUGCAUGCUGGUGUCAGAAGCCUAUUUUUCAAAGAAUUGACAUUAGCCAACCCCGAACUAUGUUACACACUAGUUAAACCUCUGGCAGUAAAAGGGUUAAUCUCUGUAUGUUUAGCAUUGGCGAGUGAAAAUCUAGCUCUGAUAAAUGGAAAUUUACCUCCUAUAGCUUGCAGUGGAGAGAAAGUUUUAGGGCUUGGCUUGUAGCAUAGUACUUAAGCUGGUAAGCUGUGAGAUCUCUCUUUCUCUUUAUAUUAGAAAAGUGUAUACUUUCCAGAGGAUGUGUGACAGCAACUCAAGGCUAUUCCAGUAUUUGCAGAUAUACUACUUAUAAUUGAUGGAUCACAGCUACGUGGCUGCUAAGCCAGCCUAACACAUGAUGGGUUAAACAGCCUGCUCUUUAUAGGAAUUCUAAAUGUAAUUACUUUACUUAGAUAAUUGUUUAAUUACAUUAGCAUUGUUUUUCCUCAUAGAGAUGAAGCAUCUGGAUUUUGUUACCUUAAUGAUGCUGUCCUGGGGAUCUUAAAGCUGAGGCAGAAAUUUGACAGAGUCUUGUACAUAGAUAUGGAUUUACAUCAUGGAGAUGGUAAGUAGUGUCUAACUUGCAUGGAAUAUUUUAAUUUGUUUUUUGUUCCAUUAAUUGCAAGUGUUCUCAGUCUUUCUUUUAUUUUGGAUUUCCAUUUUUUUUUUUUUUUUUUUUUUUUUGUAACUGUCAUCAAGUGUUAUUUACUCUUCCUUAAAGGCACCAUAACCAUUUCACUGGUUUGAAGUGGCUAUGGUGCCUGGAGUCUGUGAAAGCUGUGUCCUGCUUCACUGUUUAACAGUUUAAUCACCAUUUAGCAGAGCUGUUUAGUUCCAGUGACAAAAUGGCAGAGGCAGGCUAAUGCUCAUCUUCACGCCAUACUUUGGGGAGCAGACGGUGAUAGUCUGAGUAUGUUAGCCAAUCACUGCUUCAAUCCCCAGUGUAAAAUGAAAUGGCGUUGAUGGUUCUGGUGGUCAAGUUGCAGGCUGCCGGUGACAAAGUGAUUAAACUGUUUGGCACUGAAGCAUGACCUGGCACCCAUGGACUCCCCAUGUACUUCUAUCACUUCUAGAGAGGGUGGUGAAAUUCAGCUACUGCCAUGGACCUCUUUUUGGAUGAAAUACUCUUAGUCAUGAGGGAAUCGAGAUUACUUGAGUAAGAGAGAUAACCGCUGCUUUAGCAUAGAGAUAAUAAAGAAAAACGCAUUUAAGUAAACAAAUUUCUGUACAGCAACUCCUCUGUGAGUCUGUGUUAGAUCCUACUGGAAUGUCCAACAAGUGGGCUUCAACAGAGAGGGUUAGAUUCAUGUAUAGCUGGUAAAAUCAUGAACAUUUACAAGUGAAAAUGUGUAACAAAACUAUGUAUAUGCAAUGUAAUGGAUGCGAGUUGUUGGCAAAGUGGGAACAAACCUCGGUGCUGGUGUCACGACUACUGUAUGACCAAACACACACAAUUAUAUUAAACCCAAACAACGUAUACUGGGCCUUAGAAUGUCCGGACUUAACGUAAAAGAGAGUGGUCAAAUAACAAGCCAAGGUCGGGGAUACAGAAUGAGACAAUACGAAUAUAAUAGCCAAAGGUCAGGAUAGCAGAAGUAGGGAAAGUCAAAAAACUGAAAAUAUUACCAAGAACGUGCUCUCUGACAACCAACAAGUGGAAACCACGACAGGGCACUCAUUCCAGAGUUUAAAUAUGCCUCUCAGUGCUGUGAUUGAUCAGUACAUGGCCUUUGACCACAAAACGUGCGUGUGCAUUGACAUCAUGUCGUUACACGCACCCCAGCGCCAUUUUUAAUGUGGGCAGUGUGCCCCUUUUCAGUAAGAACGGGACUCCGGCGUCCCUUAGAAUGCCGCACCAGCUGGGACCCGGCUUCUGGGACUAUCGGGCGACAAGCUGCCGCGAUCCAGGUAAGUUAAUAUCUCCCUUUUCAUUUCAAUUAAAAGAAAACUUACAGGAACGAUAGGUUAAAGAAGACCCUGCUCAAAUGAGCUUACAGUCGAUAAUAGGACUGUUCAAAGGACAAGAGAUCCCUCAUUUUGACGUGAAAAAAGGAAAUUUUGAGUCCAACAAAGAAAAUGUUUCUGUACUGUAAGAACAUUAAAGUUGUAGAUUUUCUGUGUAAAAAGAUUGUUUUAUCAGAUUGUGUACAAAUUUCUAAACACCAUCUGGAUGCUUUUUUGGAAAAACAGAAUAUCCAAGGAUAUAAGGGUUAAUACGUGGGAUAACCGUUUGCAGAUCCAAGGAGAAAAUUGGUUGCCAUUUUAUAGGCAAAAAGCAACGCUCCCUGUUUUGUGGCAUUAUCGGAAAUGACUUCAGUUUAGUUUUUUCGCAGAGAUAUCAGAAAAAGGCUAAACAUGAUGGACUGGAGUCUAUUUUUUUUUUCCUUCACUUUUUCUAUGUUGUAACUGUGACAUGAUUUUUUAAGAUAAAGAAACCACACUGACGCAUAAGUGGGUGGCAUUCAGAAGUAGUUAAGUUCAAGAGAAAAUUAAAUUUGUAACUGCUGAUCAAACUGGUAAACCGACAGUUGCUCAAUUCAUGGCUUACAUAAAUAUACAUACCAGCAACAUUAAGUCUUUCACAGAAAGCUGUGAAGGCGUUUCCAGAAGUACAUGUAUAAAGUGAGCAUGCACAAAACAUCCUUGUACAGCCUGGAACAUAUCACUUCGUUAGUGAUGUUGGAGUACAACUCCUUGAUUGUAAUCACAUUUGAGUAGGGCUUUCACCUGUUGUCGUCGUCGUCGUCGUCAUCAUCAUCAUUUCUGUCAAUUACUUUUUGUUUAAUAAUUGUAAUCAUCAGAAAGAUAUCGGAAGCAUCUGUACUGUAUCUAUAAAAGAACGUUUAUUAAUCUAUAAAGUUGGGCAUGACAAACCCUUGUGUUGAGUUUCACAUUAUUUUGUUUACUCUGUAAUACUAUAUAGUGUGUACUUUGUUUGCUGUUACUGUUCCUAUGAACUUUACUUCAGUUCUUUCAGUUUGCAUGUCGAUUUAUAUAUUGAUUAGUAGAUAAACGUGACACAUGAAUAUCUUUUCCUUUCCAUAGGUGUCGAAGAUGCAUUUAGUUUCACUUCUAAAGUGAUGACAGUUUCUCUACACAAAUUUUCUCCAGGCUUCUUUCCUGGUAAGACCUUUUUUCCUUCUACUUCAGAAAAAGACCAAGGGGGUACUCAUAUGAAUAAUCAUGUACCCUGUACACUUCAUAAAAGAUUAACAUGUAUCAUUUGUAUGGGAAGAGUAACCUUGUACUACAGAUGAAAAUAAGGUAAAAACCUAGUGUGUGGAGAAAAUUACUUUGUAAAGGAAGUCAUAUUAAUUUUAUUAUGAUGGCAUUGUAACUGCACUUAUGGGGUAAUAUCACAACUUUUCCAAACAUCAUAAGAUGUUGAGAAGACAGAUAUCAAGUGACUUGGGAACACAUCUAAAGAUCCACAGAAUUGUGCAUGUUCAAGGUCAGACCAAAUUAACAGUCCAGGAAAUAACAUACAUUGUGACAUCCUAAUACACAGUUCCUUGUCUUGGCCUGGAAAGUGAGUAUUCUGAUAACCUCUUUGUUGCUCCUCAAGGAGGAAGAGCUGUGUCGAGAUGUAGGCAAUUUAAAACAAGAUCCCUGAUGUCUGGCUUUGACCAGGACCCAUCACAAGUCUGUGUUAGAAACAGUCGAUCCAAGCAAGGGAUACUUAGCCUUUAGAAAGAGCAUUUUGCAGAAUUUGGUUAGAAUGACUCUCAGAUCUACAGAGCUCUUGGAAGGCAUAUCUUUUCUUUGUGUUUUAUUGCCCUGGACCUGUGAUGCUGACACAAUAUCAGUAUAUUAUUGUGAGAUAUACUAUGGAGUUCUUAAAUGUACUUAUGCAAACUGAAUUACAAACCACAACUUCUCUCCUGGCAUGUUGGUAAGAAAAAAGAGGGGACUGCGUUAAUGACACAGUGGCAAAUGACCACUUUGCCAGGUAAUGUAGUUUCCAUUCAGUCUAUAUAUCACUCGUUAUCCGGGGGAGGUGGGGAGAGGGGGCGGAUUCAAUGUCUCCUCUCUCCAUAGCUUAUCUCCUUGCAUGUCGUUUAGAGAAAUGAGACAAAAUUAAUGGACUAGAAUUUGAGCCAUGAUACUUAAGCACCCUUUAUCCUGCUCGGAGAGAAUUAAAAAAUUUUUUGGUUAGGUGUUUUUUUUUUUUUUUUAUACAAUAAAAAUGUUUAGCAAGAUACAGAAUUGUAUAGUUUUGCAUUGAUGAUGUACGCUUUUAUUACAUGGUGGUUUGCUGUUGUUUUUUCAAAGGGACGGGGGAUUUAUGUGAUAUUGGUUUAGGCAAAGGGCGCUACUACAGUGUCAACGUUCCCUUACAAGAUGGCAUCAAAGAUGAUCAAUAUUACCAGGUGUGUGAGAGGUAAGAACUAUAUUUUCAUUAAAAAAAAAAAACCUACAUUAGAGGUUGCCACAGAGUAGUGCCUAGCUGUUGUAUAACUUCAACUUUUAUGACUCCAGCAUUUGAGAUUCUAUUUGCACCAUUUUUUAUAUAUAUAUAUUUUUAAACUAUAUUCUGUCAUUGCUCAAUUCUAUUUAGCUUUAAUAAAGAGCAAAACAUUUGCAGCUUUCUGCAACAUAAGACUGCCUCUAUUAAAGGGACAUUUUAGUCACCAGAACAAAUACAGCUUAAUGUAGUUGUUCUGGUGAAUAUAGUAUGUCCAUGCGGGCAUUUUAAUUUAAACACUGCCUUUUCAGAGAGAAGGCGGUUUACAUUUCUGCCUAGUAACACCUCUAGUGGCAGUCACUCAGACAGCCCCUAGUGGUGCUUCCUGUCAGUGCUGCAAGAUGUGCAGCACUGACAUUCAGUGUCUUCCCCACUCUGCAUGUAGGCGCUGAACAUUCCUCAUUGAGAUGCAUUGAUUCAGUGUAUUUCUUUGAGCAGCUGAUUGGUGCACCGUGGCAUUUUGCAUUUUUCCUUUGGGAAAGCAUUGGAUUGCCUGAGAUCAUCAAAACUGAGGAUCUCAGUCAAGGAGGCGGAGUGUAGGCAGGGCCAAACGCGACGAGACUGAUACUGUAUGGGGUAAAAAAGUAAGCAAAAUACCUUAUUCACGAGAAGCCGGUCAUCUAAAUGGUGUUUUUGCACCUAUAGUGUCACCAAUACACAUUUGUAAACACUAUAGUGUUACUUUAAGUCACGCUGUCUUUUCAGACAAUGUUCUUCUGCGCUGGCCUUUCAGUACAUACUGAUCCUCUGAGCCGCUGAUUCUAAUGUAGUUUCCCCUUAUGGAGUUCAUCCUUUCAGGCUCUGUGUUAAUCUUGUUUGCAUUUUUUGCCCAGCCACAACUAUUAUGCAUUCAUUUAUCAUGUAUUUUUAGAUUCACUUUAUGGCAUUAUUUUCCCAUAAUCCAUAGUUCAAAAACACCAUAUAAUAUUUGGGAAAUAAUAAAAAAGAAUCCCAAUGUGAUUUUGAUCCUUUUAUCCAGAAGAGGUAAAAAAAUAAAAAGUUUGUUUCUGUAAGUUGUAGCAAUGUUUUUAAAAGGUGUGAUUUUUGUAUAUCUAUUGUCUGCUCAACAUAUUGCUCAGCCUGCUGUACUAUAGGUAUCUUGGAAAUCUUUGUGGCAGUAGCAGGGGACAUGUAAUUCUAAUUGUGGAAUGUGUGACAUACAUUUAAAGAAAAAUGUACAUAGCAGUCUUGGCGUUUUAUUCGUUUUGACUAAUGAAAGGUUGCUCGGUUUCCAUUGUUUUAAAGUCUGGCUGUUUGUGACAUUGGUGAUUCCAGGAAUCUGUUAGCUGACCCCUGUUGAUUGUAUUCAGGAUAAAUGAAAUUUUAUUGGAAGAGAAAUCCCUUUAACCAGAAGAAUGUGUAAAACCUUAAGUGAGUUUGCAGAAUAAAUAUAUUUAUGUUUCCCAGUUAAUAACUGCAGCCGUCCCUCAUUUUAUACAGAGAUUUCUUUAAUUGCCUGUAUUUUAUUACUUUGUAUUUUCAUAUAGUGUCCUGAAAGAGGUGUUUACAGCCUUUAACCCUGAGGCAGUGGUUCUGCAGCUUGGUGCCGACACAAUUGCUGGGGACCCCAUGUGUUCUUUUAAUAUGACGCCUGAGGGCAUUGGCAAGUGUCUGAAAUAUGUUCUCCAAUGGCAAAUUCCUACCCUCAUCCUGGGAGGAGGUGAGAUUGUAAAUUCCAUUGUGGUUUCUCUUUCGGUAGCUUUAGUAAAUGUAACGUCAACCCAGCCUCUUGUGAUUUUUAAGAUUGUCCGUUUAUUAUACAACACGGUUAUUUACAUCACAAAUUCUGCUUGUUGCACUUGUACGUAGAGUGAUGAGACAGACAUGUUCAUUAUUCGUAUUUCUCUUCAUUCUUCUAAUCAGUGUUCAUUUGUAAUAUUUUACUAGUUUAUUUUAUUUUUCUGUCUUGCUGAUUUGCUCUAUUCUUUUAACGUGCUUUAUUUUUAUUAUUUUUUUUUUAACUUUUUUUCUCUUAUUUUAUCUCUUGUAUUACCAACAACCACCAUCUAGCUUUUCAUUUGUUUUUAACUUCACAUUUUUACUUGUCAGGGGGUUACAAUCUGCCAAACACUGCUAGGUGCUGGACCUAUUUGACAGCGCUUGUCCUUGGCAGGACAUUGUCUUCUGAAAUCCCAGAUCACGAGGUAUGCUAGUUUUGUAAAUAUUUCUCUUAAACCCUUCGGGUGGGGGCAGGACACUCCUAAUUAAACCCGAAUCAAUCCUGCUCCUCAUACACUGGUGAAUAUGUGUUUUGUUAGAAGACCCUGAAUAACAAAGACUCCUCUGUACGUGACUUACAUACUAACUCCUUGUUCUUCAGGAUUCAAAUAAUACACCUCUUCUCUCCAUCUACUGACUGCCUUCAUUUUCUUUCUUUUUAUUAUUAUUAUUAUAUAAAAGAUUUCCAAAUUCAAUAAACUUUAAUUCUUACAUAAUAGGGAGCCAUGGAUUCAUGUUUCACCUGUUCCCUUCUGGAAGGGGAUGUUAGAGAAAUAUUUCUUCCUUAAUCUUGCUCUUACCACUUCAGACUAUUGAUACUGUCCUUGCAAUAAAUUAAACAUUUAAAUAAAGUGUUUUGGUGGAAUGUUACCAGCAUUGCUACCGCGUUGUCUUUCAUUCUUGUAUUCAUGUGUUAUUUCUAUCUAUCUAUAAAAACUACAGUAAUUUUUCUGUUGGCACUUUAGGGAGUUUUAGUUUUUUGAGUUUCUCCACAACCACGCCAAAGAGCAAAAGGUUUGUAAGCAGGAACUACUAUCGUUAGUUGUACUGAGCUAAGACGUGCAUUGCAGAGCUUAGCCUGGUGGCUGAGUGCCAAUAUCCGAUAUGAUCUGGUUAACAUGGUUGUGAGAGUGAACUGUGAAUACAUGUGGUUUAGAACGAAUUGACACUAUUUCAAUAGGUUUUUAUGCUUUAUCACCUGUGACUGUAAUUUUCCUUCUUCUUUUUUUCUCCCCCUAGUUUUUUACAGAGUAUGGUCCAGAUUAUGUCCUGGAAAUUACUCCAAGCUGUAGGCCUGACAGAAAUGAUACACAGAAGGUGCAGGAGAUUAUAGGGUCAAUCAAAGGUAAAGGAAAAAAAAAAGUUUGUUAAAUAACAAGUUACCUAGAGUGGCUAUGCAUCCAGCUUAUUUUGCCAGAUGUUGUCACAGAACUAAGCAGGUCUCAUAAAGGACUACACUCACUGGCACACACCCUGAAGAAUCAGUGCUGCUGCGAGUGUCCUGCUGGUUCGACAUAAAUUGAUUUAAAGCAAUUGGACAAAGAUUGACUGGCACCAGGCAACUUAACCACUACAGCGUUCACCUUUUAUGGGGCAAAAUUAUAAUCCCUAGUUGCCUUUUGCCAGUAUCAUGGCACACCAUUUAAAAAAAGAUGACUGCUUAGGCAAUUUAAUAUUGAGACUUUUCACUAUUUCAUCACAAAUUCCUGCUAGAUGUAGUGGUCAUUUUUUUUUUUUUUAUGUACAUCUUGAAUUUAAUGGCGGGAUUCACAGAUUAAAAAUAUGUUUUUCUGUUUCAUCUAUUAAGCAUAAAAAUAGAAUUUUUACAUGCCUCGUAGGUCAUGUGACACUCUCUGCAUAACCAUACUGACCAGCAUUAAAAUUUGAUGCUAUUUCUAACAUUUACUAUCUCUAGCUAAGCCUUACUCCAUCAAUGCCUAAAAUACACCAACUUGAACACUAACCCCUACAUCAAGGUAGGCAGCCAUUGUCUCUGCAUUGCCCUUUAUGCUCUUACAACCAUAAUGCAGGCAAAGCCUAAGGGGAGAUGUAGUCCUCAAUGUCGGGAGUGCCGAAGAUUGCCUACCCAUGCCCUACACCAUGGAUGUCCAACCUUUUGGCUUCCCUGGGUCGCAUUGAGCGCAGAGGAGUUGUCUUGGGUCGCACAUAAAAUCUGUAAUAUAAUUCAUUUAUAUAAUUUAAACUUCAAAAGCCCAUUUCUUAAAUUUGCUUAGUAGAUAACUCCCUUAUUUGUUAUCCUUAUGUGGGAUUGGCAUAUUUAAGGAUACCAAAUAAGGCAGCUAUCUACUAAACACAUCUACUUGUAUAUACAUAUGCACACAUGACCACACACAUAAUCACAGGCACACACACAAUCACAAAUAUAUACACACAAUGAAAAAUCCACACACAGGGUUAUAUAAUCACAGACCUAUACACACAAUCACACACACACACAUAAUCACAGAUGUACAGACAUAUACACACAGACCCACACAUACAUACUAUCACAUACCUACAUACAAACAGUCACAUACAUACAUACAUACAUAAUCACAGAUGUACAGACCCACACACACACACAAUCACAGACCUAAACACUUCAGUCACAUACAUACACAAAGACCCACAUACACAAUCACAGAGACACACACAUACAAUCGCAUACAUACACAAUACACAGUCACAAACCUAUAAACACGCAUAAUCACAGACACACACAUACAAUCACAGACCUAUAUGCACAAUCACAAAUAUACACACACACACAAUCACAGACCCACACACAUACAAUCACAGACCUAUACACACAGUCACAUACAUUCACACACAUAACCACAGAUGUAUAUACAAACACAAACAUACAUACACAUAAUCACAGACCCACACAUGCACAUACAAUCACAGACCUCUACACAUAAUCACAAAUAUACACUCACAGACAUAAGCACACCAUCACAGACCUAUACACACACACAAUCACAGACCCACACACAUAACCACAGAUGUACAUACAGUCACACACAUGCAUACACACAAUCACAGACAUAAGCACACCAUCACAGAUCCACACACACAUACAAUCACAGACCUAUACACAUAAUCACUUACAUACACAAUCACUGACACACACCUAUGCACAAAAUCACAUACAUACACAUAAUCAGAGAUAUACACACACAAUAAGAGACAUACAUACAGACCCCCUUCCCCCUCCCACACGCAUACACAAUCACUGACAAAACAUACACAAAAAUUACAUUCAUACAAUCAGUACUUGAGAGGUACCUUACUCCGGGAGGGCUGGAAUGGAUCCACUGUUCUGGGAUCUCUGUGCUCUUCCUAUACUGGUCCCUCGUAUGUCCAGCAGAGAUGCUCACUGAAGGGCGCAUGAGGGAGCUGUCCAGGAGGAGCACAUUAUGUAAAGGGAUUCCUGCCUCCUUCGCCGCCUGGCAGUGCGGACAGCAACCAGACCGCAGGUUAGACAACAAUUCCCUACACUAACUCAGAGAGAUUUGAGUACUUUGUGAUUGCAGCAUGAGAUUUCCCUCUCGUGCUGCAGUUAUUGCAUGCUGUCAGUGCAGUCAUUCAGCCACGGUGUUUUAAAAGGCUGUGUGCAGUGAUUGCUUUCAGCGCUGCAUAAAAGCUCAUCAGUCAGCCUGAAACCACUACAUAUGGACUCACUUAACAGAGGGGAGUCCAAAGUAUUAAUUUAACUCUGCUCACACCAAAAAAAUCCUGAUCUAAACUUCAAAAAAUGAUCUGCAGUCAUUAUAACCAUUUCUUUUACAAGACAUUAUUUAGGAGACAGCAAGCAAUUGCAAUGUGCUUGCAUUGCAAAAUUUGGGUCAGUAAGUCAGUGAUGUCAAGUGGAUUUGCACUCAAAGUGAAUUUUUUUUAUUUUUUUUAGCAGCAAUAACAAGAUAAAAUAAGAGAUAACUGUGCAGAGGCGUUGGCUGUGAAUUUCAAGAGGUGUAUUGCCACCAUAGUGGCCUAUAGAGAUGAGGAUACUGGAAAACAAGAGAUACAAUAAUGAAAUGAGAUGCAAUAGAAAGUUAUCUCUAGUAGGAAACUUACUAAUUUAGCCACCUUUCUGAGCAAUACCUUGUUAGACUAGAAAGACUAAAAUUUCUCAGUUUUCUUAUCUGCUGCUUUUGCAAGCCCUCCCCUUCUAACCCCACCCAGACUUUCUGUGGUUGUCCAAUCACAGAUUUCCCAACGCUGCUCAAUGAGAAGUCUUUGUAAGGCAGCUGCUCUGGGCAAUUUGUGCCUAUUGGGUUUAGCUCCACUGAGCUAACCAAACCAGGAAGUAACGGGGCCUAUUGUCUGCUUGUAAGCUAAGGGGGUGUAAUGAAGUCAUAAAAGUGCCAAUUUCUACUGAAAUCUCUACUUUUUGUAAAAUAAAAGAAGAGGGCACACUCUUCAGACAUCAAGCAUGUCAGCAAGCUAAAUUGCAAGAACAUUUCUUUUUCUAUAUUUUUUUGUUAACUGCUAAUUACUGGUGCUUAUUUUUUUUUUUUUAAAGGGUUCAGCAUUGGUGCUUUAAGGUGAGGGAUGCUGAUUUCCGCUUGGCUUAGACCGUAUGAAAGAUAAUCCAUGAGCAAUAAGACAAAAAUAAACCCAUGAUUUAUAGACUUCUGGACAGCUGAGAGGAUAGGAAAGAUACUCUAUAGGGAAAGAGGGACCGGAGUUAUCACAUAGAUUUCCUGCCCUGUCAAAAUAAAUAGUGGAGUUACAUGUGUGUAACGCUGCCAUGGUUACCCUGCAGAAACUUGUUUACCAAAAGAGAGAGUGAAAAGCUAUUACUGUCAGGAUUACAGAAUGAUCCAGCAUGUAGAAUUGUGUAACACAGAGGACUAAUAGGUAACGUAUACCGGACCUUAGAAUGGCCGGACUAACGUACCAAAGAAUAGUCAGGAAUAGCCGAGGUCAAGGGAAACAGAAAGAGACACAACGAUAAGAAAAAGCCAGGAGUCAGGGAUGCCAGAAAACAGGGAAGUCAAAAACAAUGCCAAAGUCAAAUUACCAGAAUAACAAAAAUAAAUAACUCGCUCUCGGACAACCACAAGGGAAACCACGACAGGGCACUGAGCAGGCUGAGAACUGGGCCUAAAUACCCCUCCUUUAGAUCUGAUAGGCUGUAACCGGCCUUUGACCCCAAAGUCAGUUACCAGGUUCUAAUUUGCAUAAUUGCUGCUCAGCAUUAACCCUUCUGUGGAUUAGGUUGCUGCUCGGCACAACUUUUCAUGUGUUGACAGUAAAUGUCAUUAACCACAUUUUUAUAAGCGGAUGAAUACGUGACAAUUACACUUUCAGCUCUCUGCUGUGUUUUUUUUUUUCCAAUUUGACAAUUUUUAUUUUCCAAAAACGUGGGUAUAUGGGGUACAGAAGAGAGACGGGGGGGGGAAAGUAUGGCAGUACAUCACAUGUUCUCGCAUAUAGUAUACAUCAUAACCUUCGUUACAUGGUAUAUUACAUUCCAAUAACAUUACAAUAAUUUUUCAAUAACAUGCUAUCCCUAGUGUUAGACUUGGGCUUGUUCCCUUCCAUUGGGUUCAAGACCCGUCCUGUGCUUCGUCACUGCUUGCGUACCCUACGAUUGUGACUAACUGUCAUUAGCUUUUUCUUAUCUCGCAUGGUCUGUACUUCCCAACCUAGUUCAUUCCGGGUUACCCGGCUUCUACUUGUUUGAAUCUCUCCUCUAAUAUCCCAACGUGGAAGGGAUUUGUAAAACUUGUGGGGUGGGGAGAGAAGAGUAUAGGAAGGUGGGGGGGGGAAGGAAUUUGGCGAGAUCUGCGUGUCCCUUUUCCUACCGGUUCUGUUCCCUAUAGAGACUUUAUACUCCGCUCAGGACUCUUGGCUCUUGGUCUACCCAAUGUCCUAUGCCUGCCUCCUCUGUCCUCCCUGGGCUCUAUCCCUUGGGCCCUCUCUCUUACCCCCUGGGGUGUAUCUCUUGUCUCACGGGAUCCCCUACGGGGCGACUCCCUGGUUUGGGAUUAUUCGCUGUCUUCCUGUUCUUUGGGGGCGUAUGCGGCUUCCCAUUUAACUUGUGCUUCCUCAAAUUUGGCGCUGUUGCCAUAGUUUUUCCUCGCUACCUUUUCGUAGUGUAGGUUGUUGGAGAUUUGCCUUGUCAGGGCACUUUUAGUCGGUGCCUUUGUGUUUUUCCAUUCCCUAGCUAUUAGUGUCAGGGCUGCUAUCAGUAUGUGGAAAACCAAUAUUGCCCCAGCUCCCUGAAACUGGUCUAAGUUCAUGAAUAGGAGACUCAAUUCCGGGGUCAAUUUUAUGUUGGUGUCUACCAUCUCUUUAGUUAUGUCCUCUACCAUCUCCCAAUAGGGUCUGAUCGUCCUGCACUUCCACCAUAUGUGGAGCAUCGUGCCCUCCGACACCCCACACCUCCAGCACAGCGCUGAUGUUCCCUGGUAUAUCUUCGCCAAUCUGGUAGGCACCAUGUACCAUCUAUAGUACACUUUCCUCAUUAAUUCUAUGUGGGACGUGCACAAUGUCUUCCCCUUAUGCGCUGUUACAGCUGUCUCCCAUUGGGUGUUAUCAAAUUGUUUCCCCAGGUCCAGCUGCCACGCCUCGCUGAAUCUGUCUAGAUGUGUUGGUGUACCUACGUUCAUAAGCGAGUAGCACAUGGAGAUAAUCCCUUUCCUCUGUUUUUUGUCCAUGCACGUUUUCUCCAGCCUCGUGAACUCGCCCCCCCCCUGAUCUGUGAGUCUUUGGGCCCCUAGCAUUGAUUUAAGUUGGAGAUAUGGAAAUAUCAAUUUAGAGGGCAGUUGAAAUUUUUCUUGGAGGACGGGGAAUGGUCUGGGGUUGUGUCCUUCUAGGAGAUCCCGUACAUGUGUGCAUUCUCUCUUGGUCCAUUCUCUGUAAUCAAACGUGUUGUUGGCUAUAUGUAGGCUAGACAGCGGGGUUGCCGGUGACCAUGGUGACAUGGACACUAAUGUCGAUUGUGAUCUAUCCCAAGCCUCCAACAUUGUUUUGGUGGUGGGUAGUAUGUAGGGUUGUGGAGGGCGUAACCUUUUAGGUACCCAUAUUAGUUUCUGGAGGUCUGUUCCUUGUAACCAGUGGUUCUCUAUUUCUAGCCAUUGGGGGUAUGAGGACUGUGUAUGCAUCCCUAUCACUGGGGCCACCAAUGUCGCUUGACAGUAGGUCUUAAUACUUGGCAACGCUAGACCUCCCUGGGUGAUUGGUCUGUAUAGGAAUUUUGCCGCUACUCUCACUCUCUUUUGUGCCCAUACAAAUUUGGUGAGUAUUGUUUGUAUUUUGUUUAGAUAUGAGGACGGUAGGCCUGUCGGUAUCGUUCUAAAUAGAUAUUGUAGUUUGGGGAGAAGAGACAUUUUAAAUGCAGCCAUCCGUCCCAGCCAAGACAGGUAUUUAUCUUUCCAUGCUGCCAAGCUGGUCUCUAAUUCUUUUUGCAGCGGCUCGUAAUUGGCCUUGAAAAGUCCCCCUAUUGUCUUAGUCAGUUUUAUUCCUAGGAAGGUGACACUGUCUGCUCUCCAGUCCAGCUCAAAUUUCUCUUUCAGCACUCCUAUCACUUCAGUGGGUAUACCAAUUCCCAUUGCCUGGGUUUUUGUUACGUUUAGUUUAUAAUAAGAACUUUUACCAUAUUCUUUUAUUACACUUAGUAAGUGUGGCAUCGAUAUUAGUGGUUGGGUCAGGGUUAGGAGCACAUCGUCCGCGAAUAAGUUGGUUUUGUAUUCCCUGUCGCCUAUGCGCACGCCAUGUAUAGAGUUAUGGUCCCUGAUCUUGGCAGCUAGCGGUUCCAGGGCUAGGACAUAGAGCAGGGGCGACAGAGGGCACCCCUGUCUCGUCCCAUUGGAGAUGCCAAAGGGGUUCGACAGGAAUCCUGCAUUGAGUACUUGAGCUUUCGGCUCGCUGUACAGCGCCUUAACCGCCGAGCGAAAUUCGCCUGGCACCCCAAACUUUUCCAAGACCGCCUCCAGGAAUUUCCAGUGCAGGCGGUCAAAGGCCUUCUCCGCGUCUAGGGAUACCACAAGGCCCCCCUCUUUGUGUGUUCUGGGCAGACUGUGUACUAUAUUUAGGACUUUGCGUGUGUUGUCCGCUCCUUGUCUCCCAAGCACAAAUCCUACCUGGUCUGAAUGGAUUAACUGGGGGAGGAGUGCGCUCAGUCUCGUUGCAUACAGUUUGGCGAAUAUUUUCGCGUCUGUAUUGAGCAGGGAAAUGGGUCUGAAGUUUUGGGGGACAGUGGGCGGUUUCCCUGGUUUUUGUAAGGUGAUAAUAUGGGCUAGUAGUGACUCUGUAGGGAGAGCUUGUGUAGUGGUUGCCUCUGUGAACAUGUGUACUAAUUGGGGUGCUAAUUGGUGUAGAAAGGUUUUGUAGUAGCUGUUGUCUAGGCCAUCUGGGCCUGGGGCUUUGCCAUUAGGUAGGUUUUUGAUUACUUUAUGGAUUUCUGUCUCUGAUAUCGGUUUUAUGAGAUCUUGCGCCUGUUGGGGCGUGAGCCUGGGGAGGUCUAUCGUGGCCAAAUAAGCGUUUAUGUGUUCCUCUGUGGGGUGAAACGCAGAGUCGUUCUUAUUUAUGUUAUAUAGAGAGGCGUAAUAAUUAGCAAAUUCAUUGCAUAUAUCUUUUGGGAUCAUUUUCUUCUCUCCCGUGGGGGACAUGAGAUAGGCAAUUUUUUGGUUUGCUCUUUUUUCUUGUAACCUCCUAGCUAGGAGUCUACUAGCUUUAUUCCCUUGCAUGUAUUGUCGCGACUUCAGUCGUUGAAGCAUGAACCCUGUCUGCUCUAGCGCCUUCUGGUGUAGUUUUGCUGUAAUGGUGGAGAUUUGCCUUUUAAUGGCAUUAGAGGGUGAGUGUUGGUUCUGUGUGUUCAGCUGGUAUAGCUCCCGUCUCCAUUGUGUAAUUUGGGAUGAGGACUGUUUGUGCAGGUAUGAUGCCCUUUUAAUGAAGACCCCUCUAACUACUGCCUUGUGUGCCGCCCAGAUUGUGCCCUUAGACACAUCUGGAGUGGUAUUUUCUGAGAAGUAGUUACAGAUUGUGGCCUCUAUUUCCUUUUUAAAUGUGCUAUCAUACAGUAAGGAGGCAUUCAACCGCCAUGGGCUGCGUUGCUUAUAAUCAUAUUGGUCUUUGACCGUCAGCGUAAUUGGUGCGUGGUCUGACCAAGUGAUUUGGCCUAUUUCGCAGUCAGCCAUUUGGUUAAGGGCCUGUCCGUGGAUUAGGAUCCCAUCGAUCCUUGAAUAUGUGUUGUGGACAUGUGAGAAGUGGGUAUAUGCCCGCUCUGAUGUGUGGGUUAUCCGCCAUGUGUCAAAGUAGUGGUGUAGGGAUAGGAGGUUUUGUAUUUUUUUACAUUGUCUGUGUAGUAUUUUAUAUCUUGGGCUGUGGCGUGGGGUAUUGGAGUCCAACUUUGGGUCCCACACAUGAUUGAAGUCCCCGCAUAUAAUGGACAUUCCCUCUUGAAUUGUGGACAGUUUCUGUAACAGGUGUUGUAGGAACCCGCCCUGAUUUGUGUUAGGUGAAUAAAGAUUCGUGAUGGUGUACAGCAUAUUGUUAAUCGUACAUUUCAAUAUAACAUAUCUCCCAUUUGUGUCUAGCUCUACUGAAAUCAUUGUGAAAGCCACUCUUUUAGAUAUUAGUAUGGAAGUCCCUUUGGACUUUGUAGUGGAAGCCGCAUGGUAUUGGUGUGGGUAAUCGUGUACAGAUGGUGGGAUAUAGUCAUCGGUCCUAUAAUGCGUCUCUUGUAUACAAACAACGUCCGCAUCCGCUUGUUUAAGGUCUCUGUACAAUUGGUGUCUCUUAACCGGUAGGUUUAACCCUCUAACAUUUAACGAGUAUAUUUUCAUGGGGGUCUGUACCCCGUUAGUUUAGUAAGGGACAUACUGAAUUGUAAGCACCUGUGCGGGGAGUUCGCUCGCCCCAGCAGCAUCAAGUCGAGCGAUUUCCCCCUCUUGGAGGGUAAGAUUCGGGCACCCCUCUCUCGCCUAUUGGUGGGUGAUUGGGAGCCCUUGCGGACAUUAUUGGGUACCAGAGUCCCUUGUGCUUGAUGUUUCGUAUAAGCGUCCUGCGGGCAUAUGGGGAAGGUUAUAUAUUGUCCGGUCCCAGCCAGACCGGGGGGAAAUUGGGAACAUAACAGUAACAGGGUAAAUGAACUUAACAAAAAUGUGACGUGUGCCGUAUGUGGCAUAGGUACAAUUUAGUACCUCUGGGGGGUGGAAGUACUACUACUUCCUCUUGGUGGGGUGCUUCCCCGACUUGGCCCACUCCUGUGCCGUCAUGGUUGUCAUGGCGUCUAGGCAGUCUGGUCCCAGGCUACCCUACUGGAGUGAUUUACCACUUGUGAGGUCUUAUAUACGUAAACAGUUAAAACUGUGUGUGUGGUUUUUUUUUUUUUUUUUUUCCUCAAUUUAUCUAACUGUGUCAUAACCUCAGUAAGUCGCUUAGUUUUAUACGAUACCCUUACGCUCCUCCAUGGUCGUUGCAUCAUGACCUUUCUCACCACAAUCACUUGGUAUAGUAUGCAGUCUAUGAGUCCAAUGACAUAGUCUUUCAGGCUUUUCUCCAGUUCGUGGAGGAACCGCCUGUCCUAUUCGGGCUUCUUCUCUGGCUCUGCUCGGCUAUGCCCCAACGCUGUAGCAAUCGAGAUCCUUCCUCAGGUGUUGUUAUGGCCGAUAUCUUCCCGCCUCUGGACACCAGGAUUUUCACCGGGUAUCCCCACCGGUAAGGGAGCUUGUGGGUCCUGAGCUGUUCCGUGAUGUCCUUGAAGUCCCUCCUUCUUUUUAGUGUAUAUGAUGAUAUGUCCGCGAAGAUCAGCAAUCCCCCAUAAGGUUCGGGGAGUUUCUUCUUCGCCCUGCUCGUUUGGAGUAUCACUUCUUUUACGUGAUAAUAGUGCAUCUUUAUGAGGACAUCUCUCGGGGUGUCUUGUGGCAGGAAGCUGGGUUUAGCUGUUCUAUGGUAUCUGUCCAUCAGCAAUUGAUCUGUUGGUAUAUCAGGUGCUAGUUUUUUCAACAUGGCAGUCAAAUAAGUUGCCAGUUCUGCUUGUCCCACUUCCUCCUUUAUCCCACGUAUUCUUAGAUUGUUUCUGCGGGCUCUGUCUUCCAUAUCAGCAAGCUUUAGUUCAUACAUUUUCAUUUGGCUGCGGAUCUCUUCCACCUCUCCCUCUAUACCUUUAUGUGCUUCAACUAGCUCCUCCAUUUUUUUUUCUGUGCCGGUUGUUCUCACUUCCAGCUCUUGGAUAUCUUUAUGCAUGGCCCCUAUUGCUGUUUUAAAGCUGUUUUCCAGCCUGGCAGACAUUUCUUCUAGUAGUGUCCGCAUUACCUGCUGUGUGACAGGGUUUUCGUUCUCAGGGGACUUACUAUGCUGUUCAUCCUGGUCUUCGGCGCCAUCUUGGAUUUCAUCCUGCACCAAGGCCUGCUUCCCCUGCGGCGUCCGGGAGGUGAAAAAAGCGUUUUUUUCGGCCUUUUCUAUUUGCCGUUUCCCCUUAGCCUGAGACAUGCUUGCUUGGGGAUAAGUGUCCCCGGUUUUAUCGUCGGCUGCAGCCGCCUUAUUGCUCCUGUGGGUCCUGUCGGAGCGGAGCGCUCAGUACAUGCGGCCGCUCAGCACCGUCGCCAGGCCACGCCCCCUCUCUGCUGUGUUUUAAGAUAAAAAUGGAGGAUACUCCCUAUAAUAAUGACAAAGAACAGGGCACAACAAACAUUUUAAACCUCAAGUGUCGUAAGGCCGUUAUAGAGCAGACGCAGCUAAAGCUCUGAAUCAGAUGUCUGUAUUGUGGUUGCAAGUAAAUAAAUGGUGUACUGGAACACGUAGUCAGAAAAUGGCACCUUAGAACUUGAAUCGAGGAUCCAAGGGCUCGUGCUAUUAACUUGGAGAAAUAACUUAAAGUAAAGGGCAGUAGCACGGGACUGAUGGUAAAUUCUCUGAUGCUGCAGAUGGUGACUCACGUGGUUAUUCACUUAAAUCUGAAUCACCAUGGAGAAUUUGGUGCUCCUGUUGCUUCGAUUUUCUACACCACUCGACACACUGAGGUCCCUGUGCUCUACAUGUGUAAGUGCAGACCAAGACACCUAGGUUCCUGCCACAAGCAAGAGCGAUGUGGACCUCUGAUUCGCUAAACUUACCUCUGUAGAGAUGUCUCUCAAGGGUGAUAUUGAUAGAAGCAACCAACAGACUUCCUCCGAAAUUCAUCCCGCCUGUCAGAGAACCUCCAUUCUGGAGGACAAAGUGGAGAAGGUUAUCCAACUUUGUAACAAGGCUGAUGAUCUCACUAUCUCCUUACUGGCUUAUCUGGAGGAUUAUUUCUAAGAGGUCCAGCAGAAGUAAUGUUCAUCUAAGAUUGCUACCUGAGGUUUAAUCCGCUGAUUUAAUGCAGGCACAGAGGGAGGGUGGCUCAGGGAAGGCUUCCAGGGAUGUUAUAGUUGACCUUCAUCAGUAUUGUAUUAAAUAGGCUUUAGAACAGUGCUGUAGGGAUUUUCAACUCCUGAUGGAAAAGCAAUUCUCCUUUGGCCCCUGACAGAUAUUCUUUACAAGCACUCUUAUUAGAUAUGCCUCAGGGUAUCCAUUAGGUUUGAUGGUUAUUCAUAAUAGCAGAACCUACGGCUGCUACUCUUCGGGCAAUUUCACUUUUAUUCUCAAUGCCCUGAGAGUUCCCAUUCCUGAGGACUAUAACGAUCUCCCUGCCUCCUCAUAUCCGCUUUCUGUGGAACUCUCCAACGAACUCCCCUACUGACAACAACUAUAGCACCUGAAUGUUUUUUUGGUUUUUUUUCUGUUUUGUGGCUCGGUUUUUGAUAACUACAAGUGUUUUUUUGUUUUUAUUUCUUUUGGUCCAUGAUUUUGGAACAUUGUUUUUUGUUUUUUUUUUUUCGUUUUCCUUUUAGUUAAAAAAAAAUACAUUUAUUUAAAUAGUUAGAUAUUUGUGUGUGUGUAUAUGUAUGUAAUAUAUAUAUAUAUAUAUAUAUAUAUAUAUAUAUAUAUAUAUAUAUAUAUAUAUAUAUAUAUAUAUAUAUAUAUAUAUAUAUAUAUAUAUAUUACAUAUACAUACAUACACAGACACACAGAAUUUUGUGGGUUACUAAACACAGGGGAACAAAGGACAAAGUGAAAAAGGAAAAUAUAAAACUAGGGAAAGAGAAAAACAAAGAAAAGUAAUGAGUGUGGGAUAGAUCGAACACACCGACCAUGAAUUUAGAUUAAUACUUCUUUUACCUUACGCUACAGACGGUUAUUGCCUACAGACUAAUAUAAAUACCAAUUUGAGCCAUUUCUUUUGAAUGUUUUUUUUUGUUUAGUGUUUUCCUCAUUACUGAGAUAACUAUUACAUUUAAAAUAACAAAGGCAAAGGGGAAAAAUACAUAAAAGAGGAAGGAAACCAAGGCAGAGACCAAUAACAUAAAUAUUGGGAAAUGCGAGACAACAGAAGUACAAUUCACACUCUGUAAACAUGAAUACGGUUAGAGACAUUUCCUCUUCGUUAGUGGACAAACAUUGAGAACAAGAGUUCUGCACGCCUUUUGGUUCCUGGUUUCUACUUUUUUCCCUGGUUGGUAAAAGUGCUUUUUGUACUGUUAGAGGCCUUUUCUUUAUUUUGUCUCUAAUCACUAUUAGAAAAGAAUUGGCAAGUAUUUUCCCACUUUAGUCCGACUUACAUAAGAUCGAAUUUAGACAUGAAUCUAACAUAUCUUCACAAGUCAUUUUAAUGGAUGAUUCUUGCCUUUGUUUCAAAUAUUCUAACAAAAUGGAUAUACCGUUUGAUUCUCUCAAACUAUGGCCUCUAUUAGGCAGUAGACUGAUUACUUGUGGGUAUUCAGGAUAUCUUUAUUCAGUAAAUGUAUAAGCAUCUACAGACAGUCUCCUUCCCACUCCUCCACUGAUACUAGUCUAAUAGAAUACAUUUCUUUUGGCUCAACUUCUUCUACCCAAACUAUGUGACUCCUAGAUUGGGCUCUUACUGGCUUCAGUCACAGAGGAGACUCUUGCCAUCACAAAGCGCUGGUAUGCAUGGAUUUACAAUGCUGUACUAAAGACUUUUUCUCAGAACUGGUAACUGUUUUAUCUUUGUUUCAAUCAGUCUUUUUUGGUGCCCACUUUCCUGAAGAUGCCAUCUUGGCUAGCAUAUUACCCUAAUUACAAAACCUGCUAACCCUCCAGACCUUUCCAAUAAUUAUAGACCAUCUCUCUAAGCAUAAUGUCGUGUUGCUGUCCUUGAUCCAUCUGGACCAUGUAGGCUUCAUUCCUGUGGGAACGGGGUAGGAAAAUACAAAACGAAAUAUCAACUUGGCUUGGUGCACUUGAUCAACUAAGACACCUUGUCUGCUGCUCUUGUUUGAUGCAGAGACGGUGUUUGACAGAAUUGAAUGGCCCUUUUUUGAUUGAGUUAGUAAGCCAUUUACAAUAUCCAGAUUGCUUUAUUAUGUCCAUUGUGGCUUUGUUUUGAUCUCCUCUUGCCCAGAUUUUGUUUCCAGGUACUGUCAACUCUUUUUCUAUAUUUAAUAGAGCUUGACAAGACUGCCCACUUAAAGUGGUUCCUAUUUGUUGUGUGACCUUCUGUAGGUUGUGUAUACCCACCCACACCUUCCCUCUCCAUUUUUUUUCUGUUUCCACUCUAUUCUUUCCCGUUUUCUUCCAUUCACGCUUUUUUCCUUUGUAUUAUUUUAUGCGUAUGAGGCAUGAUUUCUAUUACAUAUGAGAGUUUUGGCCACAAGUGUUGUGUAAGGUUUAUACUACUUUUGCAAUGUUGUUUUUUUUUUUUUUUUUUCUUCUUGAUGCUUGGUUUUAUAUACACGACUGAUGUUCAAAUGCAGUAUCAAACCUUUUGGCAAUUGUCUUAUGCUAUUUUUUUUUUUUUUAAAUUGACAGGAAUUAUGUGAUAAUUUGUAUUGCAAAUUUUUGUUAAAAUAUGAAAUUGUUAAAAAACAGACAUCUUAUUAAAGGGACUCUCCAGGCAGCCGUUUUUACUCACCUGGUUCUAGCGUCGGGAGCCUCGUGAAGCCGCGCCACCUAUUUCAUCAAAAUGACGAAAUAGGUGGGCGCGAGCAAGGAGCAAUCAGACGCUUCCAUUUGGAAGAGUCAUUGCUCCCUUGUGCGCAUGCAUGGCUUCGCUGCACAUACUUCAUAGGGUGGCAUUCAUGCCGCCCGAUGAAGUCCGGAGCGCACUACCGCGGCUGCGCAUGGUGUGCGCAGCCGCAAGCUGAGCUGACAGCUCAGCUCGUGGUCUUUUCCCGCCCCCUCUCCUCUGCUGACAGGCAGGAGAGAGUAGGCGUGCACACAGUGCCUUCUCUCUCCUGCACACGUCAGACGUAUUUUAAUACGUCUGACGUGUACAUGGCCUUUUUAGGGCCAUACAUGAUAGGAAGUCCCUCUGGUGGCCGUCUGAGUGACUGCCACUGGAGGUAUUCCUACCAAUCAAUGUAAACACGGUAUUUUCUCUGAAAAUACCGUGUUUACAUUAGAUUGCCUGCAGGGAGCUAUAGAUCUCACCUGAACAACUACAUUAAGCUGUAGUUGUUCAGGUGACUAUAGUGUCCCUUUAACAACUUGACCAACAGUGUAUGGUCUUGUAAUCCACGGUGUUGAUAAUGUUAGCACAAUGUUAUUUUACACAAUUAUAGCUCCAACGUUUUAACUAGGUAGCUUAAUAUUAAAUAUAAGUGUUGAUAUUAAAUCAAAACUAAGUGUAGUUUUUUCCAUUUAUUUUUUUAUGUUAACACAUGAACACCUGAAAUGUUUUUUUUAACUAAAUUUCCCAUGAUGCUCUUUUAAUAUCACAGUUGUAUAAUAUUCAUGAGAAAUUAAUAAAAUGUUCCCACGUGCUAUCAUUUUAUGUUUACAGAGAUUAUUUAAUCUGUUGUGUUUUGUUUUUUAUUUCUCUCAUUGCAGGCAAUUUAAAGCGUGUCGUUUAA